AUGGCAGCUGAGGACAAGGAAGCCGCGGAAUGGAGUGACCAGCAGGGCAACCAGGGGGAGCGGCUACGGGCCUGGCGCCAGCUGCAGGGGCUGGUGCUGAAAUUCGCCCCACUUCCCUGCUGGAAGAGCGCCGGCCCCCUAAGGAGCUGUGCCCCCGUGUGUGCAGAGACACGCACCCCACAGACUGGGUCUGACUGCGACAGCUAUGCUGCCCGUUUUCACACCUCCUGCAAUGCGAGCCUGCUGCCCUCAAGGCUACCUCCCAGCCAGGAAGAAAGGGAUAUGAGUGGGGCACGUCAAAUUGCCACAAAGCUCUUUCUUCUUGCUGAGAUGCACCUGUUCCUCUUGAAUAAACACUUCAUGGAUUGUUGGAAGCCUUGGGUUCAUCUUUUCAAACUGUGCAGAAGCCUGGAUAUUGCCCGGAGUUUUUACACGAGUGCCCUUUCGUCCUCUUACCUCUGUGCUAUCGUGACAGAGGUUGCAAGGCGGACCGCAAGUGUUGCUUCUACAACUGCAGGCGGCAGUGUCUGGAGCCCUGGCUCAGCCUGGACUGAGUUUAUGAUAAUGAAUCACUUUCAUCUCCACAUUUCAACUUCCAGGUAGAAACCCCUUCCUAACCAGACCUGAGAAGACCCAUCCGACAGGCUCAGACUUGGAUAACUGAUCCCCAGUUCUUCCUCCAGGCUCUCCUCACUCACCAAACGUCCUUUUAUGGAGAGUUAAAUGCUUAUUAACAUGAAAGAAUGCAAAGAAAUAAAGUGUGACUUAUUUAAAUCUA